CCCACCCUUUUGUUUUUUAUUCAUUUCCUCUCCAAUUCCUCGCCGAUCACUCCCCCUUUAUAAACCUUUUCGGCUUCUGCUUCCCAACCUUUUUCCUCUGCGAUCGGCGAUGCUCUGCUCGCCGCUCCGACGUUCUCACGCCGCCGCCGACCUCUGAGUCGCCGGAGACCUUGCUUUCAGAUCUGUGAGCUAAUUUCAGGCUGGCGGCUUGGUUCUUCACAAGGGAGGGAGUUUAGAAGAAAUUGCUUCUUGAUGCCCAGAUGAGCAGAACUGAUGUUAUUGGCAGUGGAAGGAGGAGGGUUCUUCUCUUCUUCAGCUUCGGGGUACACUAAGGGCCUGACCCUUCUUCUCUUGGGUCAGAAGAACGAAGAAAAACCCAUGAGAGUUUCCCCGUGGAAUCAGUACCAGUUGGUGGACCAAGAAUCCGACACCGACCUCCAGCUGGCUUCCGGGAAGAACCGGCUUUCCCGCGGGUGCGCUUCCUUUGUCUGCUUUGGUCGCGCUUCCGCAGGACUUGAGGUCCCAUCCCCACUGAAGGUGGGCCCUGUUCAACAGCAGGAUGGCUUGCCAGGGCCUCCUAUUUCAGACAAGGGCAAGGAUCAUACUACUGAUCAUGGUGACGAUAACAAUGAAAGAGAUGUUCCUCUUAAGAGUAGCUUGAAAAAACCAUUUAAUAGUAUUCCAGUUUCUGGUGGUGAUAAUGAAUGUGAGCCAUUGGGUGAAACAUGUAGUGACAUCCCCGGUUGCACUGAAAGGAGGAAAGUGCAGUGGACAGAUGCAUGUGGUAGAGAGCUUGUUGAGAUUAAGGAAUUUGAGCCCAGAUGGGUCAAAUUAAAAAUGUCAGACAUUUCCUGUUGCCAUUAUUUGUAAGUGAUUACUGUUUCUAUCCACCAUGCACAUAUUUGAACAACAUAGUGAAUUAUUGCCUAUGGUAAGCGUUACUUGCCCUUGGGGAAUAAGGGUGUUACAUUCUGGACUUAUAUUUCACGUUACUGCUCUCUGUGAGUUAGGGAAAUGAACCAACAUUAAUUCUUGACUGUAAUCUGUCUGGUUUCAGGUUCCCUAUGCCUAUUAUUCUUUUGAUAUAUUCUUGUUCUUUUGCUACAUUCCUAUUAAAAAGUUGUAAAACCCGAGAUUGUAUUCUAUGCCUGAAAUAUUCUUCUCCAAUGCUAGCAUGUCACCCCUCAUGCUCUUCCUCCUCUUCCUUUCUAAUUUCCCGUUCUCUCAAAUUAUGUUGCUAACAUGGAACUGGCGGCUCCAAUGCAGUGAAGUGGGCGAGUCGGAUGACGAAUUCGACAACGGAAGUGAAAGGAGUUGUUCUUGUGCAAUAAUGUAGUUGGCUUCUUACUAUAAAAAUGUCAUAUGGUCUCAACUUUUCUAAAAAGGCAAUGCUGCAUCGCUUGAAUCACUACUAACAACAGCUCAUUUGGAUUCUCCAUUGUUGAACUGAUUUCUCUGAGAGAUAGAAAAGCAGGUUUUUGAAGGGGGGUUUGGUAGUGAACCGGAGCAUUCGAAGGAGACGAAGUUGUGGCCAUCCAUCCCUGUAGAAGACGACUGAGCAGCUGUGUCUAUAUAAUAUUCCUGGGGAUUUCAGUUUUGUUGCUCUUGGCUUCACUUGGUUUUUCUUUUAUUAUUCUUGUUAAAUAGAACUGCAUUGUCCAUUGGUUCAUCGUAAUUAAUAUGUAUUUUUUCUUUUCUUUUUUUUUUUUUUUAAAAAAAUUUGGUCAUUUGGGUUUUUAACAGAUCUUAUGGUAUUUGUUCUUCUGGGAAUAUGUAGAGCGAAUUUUGUAGACGUGACAUCUUUUUUAAAGCUUUGGAUGGUGUAAUUUUAUUUCA